AUGUAUAUCAGAUAUAUCACCAAACUUUACGAACUUCACGUCGGAGCCAAGAAUUACGUAGAGGCGGGGCUAACAUUACAGUUAUACGCUCAACAGAUACUAGACUGGAAAUAUGACGUUUUCCCUGCCGAUUCCAAGUAUCCUAGUCAAGAAGAAUGGGAACGAAAAGAAACACUGUAUCUAGAAAUUAUCGACUGUUUUGAUAAGGGACAGGCAUGGGAAUAUGGAAUACCGUUAUGUAAAGAAUUAGCUGUUUUAUAUGAAACAAGACUAUUUAACUAUAAAAAACUCAGUGAUAUCUUGCAAAAACAAGCCCAGUUCUUUACGAAUAUUCUAGAAGGUAUAGCUAAGAUACGCGAUCCAAGUUAUUACAGAGUGGCUUAUUAUGGCAAGAGUUUUCCCCCUUUUGUUAGGAACAAGGCUUUUGUAUAUCGAGGUGACGAAUGUUUGAAAUUAGCUACCAUCAUGCAACAGUUAAUGACUGAAUUCCCCAACGCCACGAUAUUAAGUUCUAACAGUCCACCCGAAGAUAGUAUUAAAGAGGGAGAUGCUCAAUGUAUCCUUUUUAUACGUCCACAUCUCUCUAUGUGGAUGUAUAUUGUUGGCAACCCUGUCCGUCCGUCAACAUUUGCUUGUAAACGCUCUAAAAACUAG